UCAAAACAAACAUCAAACGAUUUCCGACUUUUCCAGAAAGUUUUUAACAAAAAAUCAACCAAAAACCAUUCGAAAUACAUUCAAAACGCUUCUCGGAGUGAAACAUCAUGGAUAUCGGUGAACUUUUGUCUUUCAAGCCUGAACAAACUCCGAAACGUUCGAAUGACGACGAUUACGGCGAAGAAGAGUCUCCGGCACCAAGUAAACGUUCUCGUAAGUCCGGAAGCAAAGGAGCUUUUCCAAUUCCAGAUUUGCCCGAACAUUCGUCUCGACAACCUUCGAAGCCCGCAACUCCAAGAGAUUAUGUCGCAGAGUUGAAUGCCGCAGCAACAAAUGUAAUUUCCGACAAAGAACGUCUCGAAAUUUUACGUUACGUCGACGAAGAGGAGGCUACAGGCGAUGUUUUGGAUGAACCGGGAUUAAAAAAGUUGUUGUUGCUGUUGGAAAAGAGAAUUUUGAAGAAUCAAGAGAUGCGAAUUAAAAAUCCGGAUCAACCAGAUAAAUUUAUGGAAUCUGAGCUCGAUUUACAUGAUAUUUUGCAACAAUUGACUGUUGUUUCGACUGUUCCUGAUCUCUAUCCGCUUCUCGUAGAACUUCACGGAGUCUCAAGUCUCUUGGAAUUGCUGAAUCACCCGAAUUCCGAUAUUUCUGUCGGAGUUGUCGACUUGAUACAAGAAAUGACAGACAUUGAUAUCUUGCAUGAGAGUGCUGAAGGAUCCGAAACACUCAUUGAAGCAUUAAGAGGACAACAAAUCUCGUCUUUGUUAACGUCAAAUUUGGAUCGUCUCGAUGAAAGUGUCAAAGAGGAAGCUGAUGGCGUUCACAAUACCCUUGCGAUUUUCGAAAAUUUGUUAGAAAUGAAGCCCGAAAUGUGCAUUGAAGCCGCUGAACAAGGAUUAAUGCAAUGGAUAUUGAAAAGGAUCAAAGUGAAAUCUCCUUUUGACCCUAACAAGUUGUAUUGCAGCGAAAUUUUGUCAAUUUUGAUUCAAGACACGAACGAAAAUCGCAUUUUAUUGGGAAAUUUGGAUGGAAUUGAUGUUUUGCUCCAACAAUUAGCGACAUACAAACGACACGAUCCAAACUCGACUGAAGAACAAGAAUACAUGGAAAACUUGUUCAACUGUUUAUGUUCGUCUCUCAUGCUGAAAGAGAAUCGCGAUAAAUUUCUCAAGGGCGAAGGAUUGCAAUUGAUGAAUUUAAUGCUGCGCGAAAAGAAACUCUCCCGAAACGGAGCUCUAAAAGUACUCGAUUACGCAUUAUCGGGCGUCGAUGGCAGAGAUAAUUGCAACAAAUUUGUCGAUAUUCUCGGUUUAAGGACAAUUUUUCCUCUUUUCAUGAAAACGCCAAAAAAUAAAAAACGCGUAAUGACAACAGACGAACACGAGGAACACGUUUGCUCCAUUAUCAGUAGCAUGUUGAAGAAUUGCAAAGCUGCUCAACGUCAACGACUUUUAGCGAAAUUCACGGAAAACGAAUUCGAGAAAGUCGAUCGCUUGUUAGAACUUCACAUGAAAUAUUUGGAAAAAGUAGAACAGGUCGACAGAGAAUUAGAUCAAGAGCAAAAUGACGAAGAAGAAGAAGACGACGAAGCAAUUUACUUGAAACGAUUGUCAGGAGGACUGUUUACGCUGCAAUUAAUCGAUUACAUUAUUGUAGAGAUCUGUGCGACGGGAGAUGCCAUCAAACAACGUGUCGUGAAAAUUUUGAACUUGAGAAAUGCGAGUAUGAAGACGAUUCGAACGAUAAUGCGAGAAUACGCGGGAAAUUUGGGCGACGCAGGAGAACAAGACUCGCGGAAACAAGAACAAGAUCAUAUUUUACAAUUAGUUGAUAGAUUCUAAACUUUUAGCUUAUAAUGUAUUAACUUGAAAUUUGAACCGAAAAUAAAUUUAAGAUUUUAAUGAAUAAAAAAUAAGUUUUAA